AUUAGUAUCCAACCUCCCCCUCUAUAGACCCGGGUCCUAUGUGCGCCAGGCUGCCGCCAUCAUGUAUGUACUCGACAAAUAUUACGAAAGUGCCCUGGUCGCACUCACCUCACGAUACCACGGUAUAUAACAUGGCUUCGAAAUCAUGGCACAGGCAUACCAACGAACCCUUUCUUCUCUAUUCCCCCUGCUCUUUCUUCGUCUUCGAACUCAAGGCUUCCAGGCAAAAUAAGACUCGGAUAUGGGCAACAUAAUCUCCGCCACUGCGCAAGCUUUCCCUCCGAAACCGAGAUGGUCCGUGGAUGAUAUGUCGGAUUUAAGUGGGAAGGUCUGUCUGGUAACUGGUGGGAAUACUGGCAUUGGAAAAGAGACCGUCAAGGCUCUCCUCACGCAUAAUGCGAAAGUGUAUCUCGCUGCACGAGACGAAGCAAAGGGACGUGAGGCUAUCGAGGAUCUGAAGACGGCUACGGGCAAGGAAGCGUUGUUCUUGAAGUUGGACUUGGCGGAUCUCAGAGGUGUGAGGACGGCGGCAGAGGAGUUCCUAAGCAAGGAGCAGGAGUUGCACAUCCUGUUUGAGAACGCCGGCGUCAUGAUGAGUCCCCUCUCGAUGUUGACGAAACAGGGUUAUGGCCUCCAAUGGGGCACGAACGUCCUCGGCCAUUUUCACUUCCAGCAGCUACUGCUCCCUGCACUUCUCCACGCAUCAACACCAGAGCACAAAUCUCGUAUCGUGAUCACCUCAUCCUCAAGUUCAUACUUCACGAACAAGAUCAACUUCGGAUCAUUUAGUAAUGAGAACGGUGGAGAGAAGCAGAGGAAGACAGUCGGUGCGGGGGGGCUGUAUCAUCAGUCGAAGUUUGGUAACGUCGUUGUCGCACGAGAGACGGCAAGGAGGUACGGUGAUAAGAUAGUUGUAACGAGUUGUAAUCCCGGCAACCUCCAAACCAACCUGUGGCAAUACUUUCCCACCUUCCUGCAAACUUUCCUCAACAAGUUUGCUCUGCAUCCCGUCCCUCUUGGUGCUUUGACACAGUUAUGGGCCGGAACGGCGCCAGAGUGUGAGGAAUACAAUGGAAAGUUCCUCAUUCCCUGGGCCCGCGUCGGUUCCCCCAACAAGUAUACUCAAGACCCAGAGCUGGGCAAGAAAGUCUGGGAGUGGAUGGAAGGGGCUUGUAAGGAGUUCUGAGAAUGAUAUUGCAUCGAUGUGGCGGUGUGUUUUGUCCUUCAUGCUGCUCCUGUGUGAGGUUUUGAGUGGUGGUUGGCUUAUGGGGAAAUAAUAAUAAACAUAUACCCA